GUGUCGCAAACGGGAGUACGGUAAAUUGGAGCCCGCUAAUCGUAAGAAGAGGUCAGUAGUGCAGUUUAGCCGCGGUAUAAGAGCCGCUCGAACAUCAGUAACUCCAUUAAAGUAGAUCAACGUUGCACGGUGUCACCAUGAACGUGGUAGUGAUACCGUUCUUCCUAGUGGCGCACGUCACCGUGGACAAACCGUGGGAACAUGGGCCGGAGUACGUGUUCCAGGUCCAGGUGAACUCCACGGCAGUCCCGGAGGAGGGCAUCUACGGCAGCGUCCGGCUGAACCUGGAGUCGCAGCUGAUCUGCCAGCCGAAGACCGACUCGAACUCGCUGAGCUGCCGCUUCAAGGACUCCGUGGCGAACAGCUUCGUAGCGGACAGCCUGGAGCCGACGGGCACGGCGGUGCCAGUCGGCCCGGUGAGCCGGCAGGAGGCGUACGAGAUUAACGAGGACCAGUUCGAGAUCAAGUUCAACGAGAAGGGCCUGGAGAGUCUGCUGGUGAACGAGAACAUACAGCCGCGCGAGCUGGACAUGAUCCGCCUGAUCGUCGGCCAGCUGAACGUCGGCGUGAACUUCAAAGACGGCUGGCGCGACGACGGCUUCUUCGAGACGAUGGAGAAUUUCACGCAGGGCGAGUGCGUGACGACAUUCAAGGUGGAGAGGAAGCCGAACGCGCGCUUGCACACGAGGCGAGGCUUCGCCCUCAAGCCGAUACUCGGCCUGAAGGAGCGAAAGAUGCUGCAUAUCAAGAAGGUCCGCGACCUCCAAAUGUGCACGCACAAGGUGCCGUACUACUUCGGCAGCGCCGAGAGCGUCAGAGAAGUCAGCGAUAUCAUGUCGGAUGUCAGCUUGUUGGACAAUAACAUCUUCGUGACGUCGACCGACUUCGUUUCCGACACAUCAAGCGAAAUAACGACGAGCAAAAUAACCGAGGGGGUGGUAACGAUACUCUAUGAGAACGUGCGGCUGAAGCUGAUAUCGAUUCGACCAGCCGAGAGCGAGCCGCCACCGGUGACGGAAGCCGAGCCCGUCAGCAUCUUCAUUGGCAGGUGGUUGAUCGCCGAUUUGUCCGAGGAAGACAAUUAGGCUUAUCGGAAACACACUGUCGCGCGUUGUCAGUGCAGCAAUGUGCUCGUACAAGUUCGUUUGUGAGGCGCAAAAUCGGGGGAGAUACCCACGCACGUUGCGCAACAAUGACACCUGAGAAACAAUGUCCUUUCGCGGACGCUUCAUUUUUCUCUAUCAGCACACGCGCGCGCGGUCCGCUCAAUUUCCACCUUUACUUAACACGUAUGACUCGAGGCGACGAUGCGUUUUUCGCAUUUAAUAAGCCGGAAAAAUUGUCACCCGAAAUCUCGUCACCUAUAUGAUACUGUAUAAAAGACAGCGAACUUCGUGAGAAAUAAAUAAUUAUAUAUCACAAUCA